AUGGCCCUGGAGGAGAAGCGGGAGAAGCGUCCGCCCGUCACCCCCAUGAUGAUCGAGGAGGAGGCCGCCUUGCGGAACGGCAGCCGGGGGCUGCCGCCGGGACCCUGGGCCGAGGCGGCGGGGCCGAGACCCCGCACCACGGAGCGGCACAUCGCCGUGCACAAGCGCCUGGUGCUGGGCUUCGCUGUCUCCAUCCUAGCGCUGCUGGCGGUGACCAUGAUCGCCGUGCUGCUCAGCGUCCGCUUCGAGGAGUGCGGCGCCGCCGCCGACGGUCCGCCGCGGGCCGGCGGCAACGGGAGCCUCUCGGGGGUAGCCCGGCAGCCGCCCGGUGCGGGGCAACCCCUCGACCGGCCGGAGGAGGAGGCGCGGGGCGGGGAAGCGGCGGAGGAAGAGGAGGAGGAGGAGGAGGAGGAGUGGCAGCGGCGGCGGGAGCUGCCGCCCUGGGCUCGGCCGCGGCUGCCGCGGCACCUGCGGCCGCUGCACUACAACCUGAUGCUGAGCGCCUUCAUGGAGAACUUCACCUUCAGCGGGGAGGUGAACGUGCAGCUGGAGGUGCGUAACGCCAGCCGCUACAUCGUGCUGCACGCCCACCGCAUGCACAUCGAGGCGGUCCGCGUGGCCGAGGACAAGCUGGCCGGUGGUGUGCGGGUGGCCCGCACCUUCUUCUACCCCCAGACCCAGGUGUUCGUCGUGGUCCUCAACCGCAGCCUGGAGGUGCAGAGAAGUUACAACCUUAAGAUCAUCUACAACGCCCUCAUCGAGAACGAGCUGCUGGGCUUCUUCCGCAGCUCCUACGUCCUCCACGGCGAGCGCAGGUUUCUUGGUGUUACGCAGUUUUCUCCUACUCAUGCCAGAAAAGCCUUUCCUUGCUUUGACGAGCCCAUCUACAAGGCCACAUUCAAAAUCAGCAUCAGACAUCAAGCGACUUACUUAUCUUUGUCCAACAUGCCAGUUGAAACUUCUGUUUUUGAAGAAGAUGGGUGGGUUACAGAUCACUUUUCACAGACCCCUCUCAUGUCCACCUAUUACCUGGCUUGGGCAGUGUGCAAUUUUACAUACCGGGAAACUGUCACCAAGAGUGGAGUAGUUGUACGGUUAUAUGCAAGGCCCGAUGCAAUCCGAAGAGGAUCGGGGGACUAUGCUCUAAAUAUUACAAGGAGACUCAUUGAGUUUUAUGAAGAUUAUUUUAAAGUGCCCUAUUCCCUGCCAAAAUUGGAUCUGUUGGCUGUGCCUAAGCAUCCAUAUGCUGCUAUGGAAAACUGGGGACUGAGUGUUUUCGUGGAGCAAAGGAUACUGCUAGAUCCAAGCAUUUCUUCUAUUUUAUACCUGCUGGAUGUCACCAUGGUCAUUGUACAUGAGCUAUGUCAUCAGUGGUUUGGUGACCUUGUGACUCCAGUUUGGUGGGAGGAUGUGUGGUUGAAAGAAGGUUUUGCUCACUAUUUUGAGUUUGUUGGGACAGACUACCUCUACCCAGGGUGGAACAUGGAAAAGCAGAGAUUUCUGACAGAUGUCCUACAUGAAGUGAUGUUGCUGGAUGGGCUGGCCAGUUCACAUCCAGUAUCCCAGGAAGUGCAGCAAGCCUCAGACAUUGACAGGGUGUUUGACUGGAUUGCCUAUAAAAAGGGUGCAGCUCUGAUUCGAAUGUUGGCUAGCUUUAUGGGUCACUCUGUGUUUCAAAUGGGUUUGCAAGACUAUUUAACCAUUCACAAGUAUGGCAAUGCAGCCAGAAAUGAUCUUUGGAACACAUUGUCAAAGGCUUUAAAAAGGGUUGGAAAAUCUGUAAAUAUCCAAGAGGUGAUGGAUCAGUGGACACUACAAAUGGGCUAUCCUGUUAUCACUAUCUUGGGAAAUGAAACUACAGACAACAUCAUAAUCAUCUCCCAAGAGCGUUUUGUUUAUGACAGUGAUACUAAACCCAAGGAUCCUGCCCGUGGGGACAACAGCUACUUGUGGCAGAUUCCAUUAACAAUUGCAGUAGGAAAUACGAGCCACAUCUCAUCAGAGGCAAUUAUAUGGGUGUCUAACAAAUCAGAACACCACAGAAUUCCUGCUUUGGAAGAGGCAAGUUGGUUGCUGGGGAACAUCAACCAGACUGGCUACUUCAGAGUUAAUUAUGAUAUUAGGAAUUGGAAGCUGCUAAUUAAUCAGCUAACAAGGAACCAUGAGGUUAUCUCUGUCAGUAAUCGAGCGGGCUUGAUUGAUGAUGCAUUCAAUCUAGCCAGAGCUGGUUAUUUGCCUCAGAAUAUUCCUUUGGAGAUUAUGAGGUACCUUUCAGAGGAAAAAGAUUUUCUGCCUUGGCAUGCUGCCAGCCGAGCUCUUUAUCCUCUAGAUAAAUUGCUGGACCGUACAGAAAACUACAAUAUCUUCAAUGAGUAUAUUUUAAGACAAGUGGCAUCAAUGUAUCUGAAGCUUGGAUGGCCAACGAACAACUUAAACAAAUCGCUUGUUCAAGCAUCAUACCAACAUGAAGAGUUGCGUCGGGAAGUCAUCAUGUUGGCCUGCAGCUUCGGGAACAAACACUGUCACCAGCAGGCUGCAACAUUAAUCUCUGACUGGAUUUCUAGCAAUAGGAACCGAAUCCCACUCAAUGUGAGAGACAUUGUCUACUGUACAGGAGUUUCACUGAUGGAUGAAGAUGUAUGGGAGUUCAUUUGGAUGAAAUUUCAUUCUACCACAGCAGUGUCUGAGAAGAAAAUACUAUUAGAAGCCUUAACUUGCAGCGAUGACAGAAACUUGCUCAACAGACUUUUGAAUUUGUCUCUCAACUCUGAAGUUGUCCUGGAUCAGGAUGCAAUUGAUGUGAUAAUCCACGUAGCUCGAAAUCCACAUGGAAGGGAUCUUGCUUGGAAGUUUUUCAGAGAAAAAUGGAAAAUACUGAAUGCUAGGUAUGGAGAAGCAUUAUUUAUGAAUUCAAAGCUUGUCAGUGGGGUCACGGAAUUCCUCAACACAGAAGGAGAACUAAGAGAGCUAAAGAACUUUAUAAAGAGUUAUGAAGGGGGAGCUGCUGUCUCUUUCUCUCGCGCUGUGGAAACAGUGGAAGCCAAUGUGCGGUGGCAAAGGCUUUAUAAGGAAGAACUGUUCCAGUGGCUAAGAAAAUCCUUGACACAGUAAUCUGUCUUUUUAGCCAGUCAUUUAACAUGACUCACUGCAAGAGGAAAAGGAGACAUUUUAAAAGUGUUCAACAUGGAAAUCAUGAAGACAAGAUCAGAUUGCAGGGAUAAGGGGCUUUUUGUUUAUUAUUUUUUUCAUUGUGGAUUUUUCUUUUUUACACUGAAAUCUUGUGAAAUUGUCAAGAAGAUUUUCAGAAGAGAAGAUCAUGAAUGCUUGUGAAACCCAGUCCUCAAUGUACACAACCAAACAUGAUAUUAAGUGGUGCAUGUAAAUGUCAGGAAAAAAACAAACAAAAAAUCCUUCAAAGACUAUUUUGUGCAUGCUUGUACUGUCUCUGCCUGUAUUUUAGCAUGCUUAUGUACAACAGCCACAUUUUGUAUGUGAGUUCUGGUUACAUCAAAGUUGGGCAUUAUACAAAGCACAAAGACUCUAUGACAAUCACUAUUUCAAUGAACAAAAGGAAAGCAAGGAAAAGGAAAUGCAGAAGGCUUCCAGCUUGGGGUGGUAUGAGAUGUAAAAUCAACUUUCCCACUUGCUGCCAGUUUGUCUACCACUCAGAUUGUCUCUUAAUGAUUGCAAAGAUGCCAGCUCAGUUUUUGAGUUACCAGUUGUAUCUGCAAUUUCCAUAUUCCUUUAUUUAAAUAAGCAGAAUAGUGAGAGGAGAAAGAGAAAAGGGUGAGGAGCAGGGUUAGAGAGAGAAAAUGAGAAGGACAUCAUCAUUACAUUACAGUAAUAUACAUUCGUUCACUGCUGAUCAGUGAAACAGUGUAGUUUCAACUGUGAACGUGUGCUGGGGCAGGAGCUUUGCAUUGAUAUCACAGAAUCCAUUAACCACCUCUUCUCAGCUACUUUACAAGGCACUGAAACUCACAAUGGAUUACCCAGGUCACCCAGCCUGUGCAGUAGUAAGUUUUUUAGCUCAUAGUACACAAGUAUUAUAAAUAAACAUAAGAUUCAAAUGAAAAUUAGAAAAAAAGGAGAAUAUCUUGCAUGCAAAGACUUAAAAUUACUCAAGAGGGCUGUCUUUCAUGUGGUAGACCAGUCUCUGUAGUGAUUUAUUAUGAUAGGUCAGAUUCUCUAUAUGGGCAAUACUUCUGCAAAUAUGGAAUGUACUAUUUAUGCCAUCAUUGAAAAGUGAAAUAUGGAGAAAGUGAGAGGGGUGUACAUGUGUUCAUUUGUACUGACUAAUACUAAGAACAUGGUUUUCUUUCUGUUCCCUUGUACUUCACAUAGACUAUUGUUCAUGAAUGACAUUUUUCUUAAUCAUGUUUGUUUCUUCUCAAUCCUUAAUCUGAAAGAUCAGUGACACAGUGGAAUUGUACAAUGACUUAUCUGCACUCUGAAGCUAAAUGCUGAGGAUAAAACUGCUGGGGGCCAAAUACUCUCUCAUGUUGACACUGUGGAAGAAAAAGCCACAAGAAAACAGUUUUCAAGAGUCAGAUUGCAGCGGCUUCAGAGGUAGAAUGUAGAUGUGGGGCAGUGUUUUUGUCCCAUCCCAACCUAUCCCAACCAUCUGACCACAUAGUGGCUGUGUGCAUUGGGAACACAUGGCCCACCAAAGCAGAGAGCAGCCAUUCUAUCUGGUUGUUGCCCUCACAAGGGAUGGAAAUUAGCCAGCAUGCUUUACACUUGGCAGUUGCUUAUCCCCAGUGAGUUGUGACUUGAAACAUUAGUGUGAAAAGAGCCAAACCCAACAUCUUCAGAUAUUUUCACAGUUAUGUGGAGACAGUGUUGUUUUCUGGGCUCUCAUUCCCAAGGAAUUCUGCUCCUCAAAAACUAGCAGACCCACCCCCUAACAGAGCUGUUGUACGGAUCUUGCAUCUGUCAUUGUGUGACCUUUACUUUCGGAGGCUGUUGUUUGUGGGUUGGGUGCAUGAAAUCCUUGUGUGGGCAUUUGUUCAGCUGUUCAGUGCUGUGUAGCACAUUAGCUUGACUCUCGUGUAACCAAAAGAAGAGGGAAUCCUGUGCUCUUGUACUGUUAACUCUUUGCCUUAUAGUAAGCCGUAAACCUUUAUGCUAUGUUGCAGUGCUAGUGAACCUGCUGCCCAGAGACAUUAUCAUGUCAGAGCUGAGUGAAAUCCUCCUCCUCCUUUGUAUUUUACCUACCUCACAGGGGUGUUGUGAGGCUUGACUAAUGUUAGCAAAGCACUUGAAUAUCUUCUUAUGAAAGGCAUUUAAAAGUUAAAAGUAUUAUUUUAUGCGGUCGACCAAACUCAACCUUAAUGCCAGUAUGUAGCAUCACAUUUUUAAUUUCUACAGAGAAAAAUCACAUGCAGACUUUUUUUUUUAUAAUAAAAAUGCAAGCCAAAUACUAUUCAAUAUAACCUCUACCCUGUAAUGAAGGCCAAAAUUGUGAUAUCCAAAGAGUGUACAGAAAGCCAAGCCCUCAAAUAUGAAUUGCUUGGAGGAUU